AUGGAGGUCGGUAUUUCGCUCGGGUUAAUGGCUCUUGGCAGCGUCAUCUCUUCCAUACGUGACGCAGAGAGAAAGGCGGAGCGAGAGCGCGAGCUACGGCAGCAAGCUGAGCGGCGCGCUGAGGAGGAAAGGCAACGUGCUGAAAACGAGAGACGGCGUGCUGAACAGGAGCGCGAAUAUCGCGAGGCCCUGGAACAGCACAUGCGUGAUCUUGGCAUAGAUCCAGCCGAUCCUGAAAUCUCAGCCGAGGACAUUGAAGAGGCCAAACGCGACAUCAACUGUGACCCUGACCCGAAGACCGCCAACAUCGCCGUCGCGGGCAAUGUCAACGCGGGCAAAUCAUCACUUCUCAACGCAAUUCGAAACCUGAGCGACGACAGCCCUGACUGGGCUCCCACCAGUGGCUCAGAGGAGACGAGGCAACGACAACGUUACCCUGAUCCGGCACACAAGUGCGUGUGGUAUGAUCUUCCAGGAGCUGGAACGCAGAGCGUGACGGCGUUUGGCUACUACUACAGCCAGAAGCUGUUUGCCUACGACAAGGUCGUUCUAGUGCAUGAAACGACUCUGACCGAGUCCGACAUCCGUCUUCUGCAGGUCUGCGAGUACUUCAAGCAGCACUGCAUUGUAGUGAGUACAAAGUCCGACAUGCACAUCUACAACUACACACGGGAGAGACGCACUCCGCGGCGCACUCCAGAGCAGGCCAGAGAAGACUUCCUCAGCGAUGUGCGCCAAGAUGUUGCUCGCUUUAGGGAACAGGCUGAUGCGUCACAGGCCAGGCUUGUGCCCAAGUUUGACGAUUUGGUCGUCUCGACGGCGGGGGUUGAGGCUUUUGUCCAGGGACAGAGCUCGGAUGAUAUGGUAGAUGAGGCUCGUCUCUUUAAGGAAUUGGAGCGACGAGAUGCUCCUCUAGACAGUUAG